UCUCAACUUGAUCAAUGAGCAAGGCCAUGGGCAAAAUUCACUACCUUUUCUUGAUAAAUUUUAGCUUAGUUUCGUUAGCCAUGAUGGCUGCCGGCAACAGUAAUGUUACAACGGAUCAAUUAGCGCUUCUUGCGCUAAGAGAUCGCAUGAUCAAUUCAGAGCCUCGAGAAAUCUUGGCAAAAAACUGGUCCAUUACCUCCUCCGUCUGUGAUUGGAUAGGGGUCACCUGCGGGUCUCGACACCGCCGAGUGACUGCCUUGAAUAUCUCAAAGAUGAACCUUACUGGUACCUUACCUCCUCAACUUGGGAACCUGUCCUUUCUGGUUUCCCUUAACAUUAGCAGGAACAAUUUCCAUGGAGAGUUGCCCCCUGAGUUAGUUCACUUGCGCAGAUUGAGAUACCUUAAUUUUAGGACCAACAAUCUCAGUGGAGAGCUUCCCUCCUGGUUUGGUUACUUACACAAACUCCAAUUCCUGUCUCUCGGAAACAAUAGCUUUUCGGGUUCUAUCCCGCCUUCCAUCUCUAACAUGUCAAAAUUGGAGACGCUAUGUCUGUCUUUCAAUUCCAUUGAGGGGACCGUUCCAACAGAAUUUCAGAAUCUUCAUAAUUUGAAGACUUUGGUUGUUGAGUAUAAUCCGCUUUCCGGUCCUUUGCCUCUCCAUGUAUUCAACAUUUCCUCACUGGAAAACAUUGCCUUCUGGAAUAACAACCUAUAUGGCAUUCUUCCGGACGACAUCUGUCAGCGCCUUAAGAAACUUACAUGGCUUAAUCUAGCGUACAACAAUUUGAUCGGUCGAAUACCUUCAACGGUGUCUCAGUGUUCACAGCUUCGGUAUCUUUCCUUGUCUGGGAACCAUUUCACUGGACCGAUACCCAUGGGAAUUGGGAACCUGACAAUGCUGGAGCAAAUACACCUGCAGAUGAACAAUUUAACAGGCAGUGAUGUGAAAGCCCAGCCUCUCUCUAUUAGUCUAGAUUAGUCUAGAUUUGUCUAGAUGCAAGUUACAUUUCUAGAAUCUUCCCGAAGGAAAUCAGCACCGCCUUAAUUGUGGUAACUUAGUGCAUGUAUAAAUGGACGGCAAGUGUUUAGUACAAGUGUAAGGUAAUUUUAUGAGUUUUAAAUUGGUGUCUUAGUUUAGAGUAUAAUUGUUAGGAGUUCUGGUUAUUUUGGUAUAGUGCGUGUUGUGUAUAAAUUAUGAUUAUUAUUUGUGGAUUUCAUUUUGGA